ACAAAAGAAAAAAAAAAAACACCUACAAUAAAAACAAACUGACACCGUCGCGGAUCGUGUGAAGGCAUUGAGACAACAAACGCCAUCGAUUCAAUUCAAACUUCAAACCCAUUUCUCUUGCAUUUCUAUGUAUCCAGGUUUCACGCGCGACUUGCGGGCAAGUUGCUUUUUGCGUUCUGUAUUUUUUUCUUGUUUUCAGAGGUUUGAAGCAAACCAAACCCACAAUUCAGAUUUGUAACUUGGUGGUAUGUGAGGGAACUGGUCUUGGAAAUCUCAACUGGAUGAACACAGGUGAAAUGUUUAAUAGAUAUCAUUGCUGUCAUUGAAUUAGAAGUAUCACAAAAAUUGUGAAAAGCAAUGGCUCCUGGAGGCAGCACUUGUAAAGAAGUUAUUGUGUCUCAUCCCACUGUUGCAGACUAUGACAUUAAGGCGGAAAAUAAUUGUUUGCUUGCAAAAAAUAGUGUUGGUUUGGUUGGAAAACAUGGAAUUUAUUCAAACAAUGGUGUGAAUGAGCUCCUUGAGUGUCCUGUCUGCAGAAGUUUAAUGUACCCCCCAAUUCAUCAGUGCCCAAAUGGACACACUUUAUGUUCAAACUGCAAGAAUAGAGUACAUAAUUGCUGCCCAACAUGCCGCUAUGAUCUUGGAAAUAUCAGGUGUUUGGCUUUGGAAAAAGUUGCGGAAUUCUUGGAACUGCCCUGCAGAUACCAGGGUUUAGGUUGUCAUGACAUUUUUCCGUACUACAGCAAGCUCAAGCACGAGCAACAGUGUCGUUUUCGUCCUUACAAUUGCCCUUAUGCGGGGUCUGAGUGCUCUGUCAUGGGUGAUAUACCAACUCUUGUUGCGCAUCUUAAGAAUGACCACAAGGUUGAUGUGCACUAUGGCUGUACGUUCAACCACCGUUAUGUCAAAUCAGAUCCAAAUGAAGUUGAAAAUGCCACAUGGAUGUUAAAUGUGUUUAACUGCUUCGGAAGACAAUUUUGCUUGCAUUUUGAGGCAUUUCAGCUUGGCUUGGCGCUGGUCUAUAUGGCCUUCUUACGGUUUAUGGGCGAUGAUAAUGAGGCAAAGAAAUUCAGCUACAGUUUGGAAGUUGGUGCCAAUGGACGAAAGCUAACAUGGCAAGGAGUUCCAAGGAGCAUCCGUGACAGCCAUAGGAAAGUUCGUGACAGCCAGGAUGGGCUUAUUAUUCAGAAGAAUUUGGCCCUCUACUUUUCUGGUGGAGACAGUCAAGAGCUGAAGUUGAGGGUCACCGGCCGUAUAUGGAAAGAAGAAUGAGAUAACAAAGCUGAUGUUUGGCAAGAUUCACCAGCAUUGCGCCAAGCGCAAAGUCCGCAGCUUGAAUUAUUCUAAUUCAUGUUUGCUUUUGUGCCUGUAAGGUGUUAUAAUUUUUGAGGCUUUUCUUGUAUAUAAAGAAAAAAUUCUGUCAGCUCAUUGCAGCCUGGACAGAUUCUAGUAGGAGUUAGUGUGGGAAUUGAAAUUAUAGAGUUCAAUUUAGCAGCUGCUUGAAGGCCCCUGCGGCAAAAUGCAAUCGUAGUUCACGUUUCUAUCAAGUUGUUUUUUCAA